AUGAGCGAUAGAAAAAAAAUGGGAAAGGCAAAAGAAGUGGUUGUGGUGGCGGGUGCCCUAGCCUUUGUCUGGCUCGCUAUUGAACUCGCUUUCAAACCCUUCCUUUCUCAGACCCGUGACUCCAUCGACAAAUCCGACCCGACCCGGGACCCUGACGAUGCUCCUGCUCCUGACGCUGCCGCCGCUCCUCCUCCUGAAACUGUCUCCGGAGAUGCGACACAAGACGACAGAUAG